UGGGACGUGUCGACGACGGCGACGACGCUGUCAAGUCUCUCUUCACGAUUUCUUCCUUGCGGGUCCCUGAAGCGCGUUAUUACGCCCGGCACGCGUAACCGGCGUAAUUACGAAUGAGGUGAGAGGGAGAGCGACGAUAAAGAUGAUGACCGACGUCGGGGAAGCCGGAGCGGCGGAGAUUCAAUUGAAACCCGAGGGACAAUUGAGUGAGGAUACAGUGGAUUUCUCAGAAGCUGUAGAAAAAUUGGCAGAAGGUCUCUUGAGUAUUUAUCAACCUCCGCUGGAGCAAGUUAAGCAGGAACUUUUCGAGCUGACAAGCAAACAGGAGGCCCUGCUCGCUCGAAUGCAGCUUGAAAAUAAAAAGAUACACGAGACAUUCGAAGACAUAGAUUUAAAUGAUAUGUUUUCAACUGUUAAAAUUUAUCAAGGAAAAUUAGCAGUGGUAAGGAAAGAAAUGAUUAAUAUUCACGAAAGGACUUCUAAACUAAAGAAACGCGUGUUGCGUUUGCAACAGAUUAAACAAAAGGAAGCGAUGAAUAGAGAGCAACAACGUGAACAAGAGUUGCGCAGGGAACAAGAAUUAAUUGGCAGAUCUACGAGCAAUUAAGCAUGUAUAAAUUUCAAUAAGCGAUAAAUUGAUAUAAAUUAUAUAUAUAUAUUCAUAAGUGAAGUAUAUAAAAAGAUUUACG